CUUAAUCGCAAACUUAACACCGGUCAAUUACCUUAAGCAAUUAACCUAAGUAUGUUUCGGCAAUGUAAAUAUAAACAGCAUUAGCACUAAUCCAAGCAACAAUUGCAUAACCAACCUAAUGACCUAAACUCAAAGAUUACAAUGUGUCGAAAAAAAAUAGAGGCGCGUACCAAUCGGACGUAGGCAGGUGAAGAGAGACCUCCCUCCAUCGCGGGCCCGCCUCGAGGCCCGGGCUCGGCCGUCAGACGUGACCGUGCGACGACCGGCCGCGCUCAUGCUCUCUCCCGCCCCUUAAAAUGAAGUGUUUGUGGUUAUUUGUGCUCACAGUUCUGUGUAUACGGUGCGACGCCGCUGGCAAGCCUCGGAGAGGACGCGGCAGCAUGUGGUGGGGUAUCGCCAAAGCGGGGGAGCCAAAUAAUUUGUCGCCUAUAUCUCCGGGCGUGUUGUACAUGGACCCCGCAGUACACGCCACGUUGAGGAGGAAACAGCGGCGGCUGGCGCGGGAGAACCCCGGGGUUCUCGCCGCAGUCGCAAAAGGAGCCAGCAUGGCUGUCGCAGAGUGCCAGCACCAAUUCAAAUAUAGAAGAUGGAACUGUUCAACGAGAAAUUUUCUAAGAGGGAAGAAUUUAUUCGGCAAAAUUGUAGACAAAGGUUGCCGAGAAACUGCGUUCAUAUACGCGAUAACGAGCGCAGGAGUAGCGCACGCAGUGUCGCGGGCGUGCGCGGAGGGCGCCAUCGAGUCCUGCACGUGCGACUACUCGCACGUCGACCGCCAGCCGCACCGCAGCCGCUCCGCCGCCGCCGCCAACGUGCGCGUCUGGAAGUGGGGCGGCUGCAGCGACAACAUCGGCUUCGGCUUCCGCUUCAGCCGCGAAUUCGUCGACACCGGCGAGCGCGGCAAAACGCUCCGAGAAAAAAUGAACCUACACAACAACGAAGCCGGCCGAGCGCACGUGCAAACGGAGAUGCGGCAAGAAUGCAAGUGCCACGGCAUGUCGGGAUCCUGCACUGUGAAGACGUGUUGGAUGCGGCUGCCGAGCUUUCGGUCGGUGGGCGAUGCGCUUAAGGACCGGUUCGACGGCGCAUCGCGCGUCAUGAUGCAUAACGCGGAGGAGGCGCCCGUGCAGCGCAACGACGCGGCGCCGCACCGCGUGCCGCGACGAAACCGGUACGGCUUCCAACUGCGGCCGCACAACCCUGACCAUAAGUCGCCGGGCGUCAAAGACCUGGUCUACUUAGAAGCCUCGCCGGGAUUCUGCGAAAAGAACCCGCGGCUAGGCAUCCCCGGCACGCACGGGCGCACCUGCAACGAGACGAGCAUAGGCGUCGACGGUUGUGACCUCAUGUGCUGCGGGCGUGGCUUCAAGACUGUAGAGAUGACAGUCGUGGAGCGGUGCAACUGCACGUUCCACUGGUGUUGUGAGGUCAAAUGCAAGGUCUGUCAUACCCAGAAGAAGGUCCACACGUGCUUAUAGGCGUCAGACGUCGGACUGUGUACCAGUUACACUUGUGAUUAGAAACUCUGGUGGUUGUGACUCGGACUCGAGAGUGGACCCGUUUGAAGUGCUCCGAGGCAGAUAACGGACCGUGUAUAUAAUCGCUUUACUUUUUCUUCCAUCGGAGUCGACGAAAUCGUAAUUCAUGUUGACUUAUGUAAAUAGUUCUAUAUCACUGUUUAUUUCUUCUUUUUUACGCGUAUAAUUGAUCCGGCGUGAAAUUAAAAUAAGCGAUAUACUGUGUAGUAAUCUCGGCCCACUCGCCCGGUUAAUUUAUUUGGCUAUUAAGUGCGAACAUGUGAUCUAGUAACGUUAUUUUUUGUGAACACUGUCAUUCGGAAACUAAUGAGACCAGUUUAAUGACGAUUUGUUUCUGUCAGCCUGUCAUCCCUGGUACAAUCGGAAUUGGUUUUAUUGGUUUCCUUAUGCAGUCAGGUGUAUAAUUUAUUUAUUUUAGAUAUGGUACCUAUACGUAUUAUUUCCGUUUGACUGCGCUCCGACUGGAGACACCUACGCUACGCUUAUUCUGACUUUAAUUGAUAUUUCUUAAUAUCAUUUCAAAGUUGUGUAUAAUAGAUAGAUUUUGUUUUUGCGGAUAGUUAUACUUGGAUAUAACAAUUGCAAUGAUUAUAUCGGGUUAAUUAGUUAUAUUAAUGCAUCCUACUGUGCACGCACGUAUAACUGUUGCAUCAAAAGCGAAAUUAUCUUAUAAGUAUAAUUUUCAUAUUAUAAUUAGGCUUGUUAUUGGAAUUUGUGUCUUAUUCCGAAGGCAUAGGGUGUCUUCGCGGACGCUGGGAGCCUGUUAUCAGCCCGCAAGUAGUCGUCGUAAAAGUGUCCCACAUUACGAGAUAAACGCUCUCGAGAAUUUUAAUUAAAUAUUAAACGAAUUAAAUAAUCAGUAUUAUACGUAUAAUAUUGUAUGCGUGCUGCGUCCGAUAGACCGAGAUAAUAUGCACGCGAGCUUGACACAUGUUGUACGUACAUUUUAUACAUUAUGCUCGUCCAUUUACACUGUCCUUAAUAAUUAUAUGUCCUUAUGUAAAAGCAUGUGUGUUACUUUUAGUAACUUUAUAUUGUGCCGAUUUUACGGAUUUUAGUAGAAGUAUCUACAAAACUGUUGAUUGAUGCAUGCGAUAUAAAAAUUGAUGAUUUUUAACUGAUAAUCUUAACAGACCACCGUUGAUUUGUUUCCACUAAUGAAUGAUAUUAUGACAGAUUGUAGGAUACCCGAUGUAUCCAUUGAGUAUGGGGCGUUUUUGUAGUUGAUCGUAAAUUAAAUUUGCUGUCGUACAAUUGCCAAGAGCAUUUACGAGCAGACAACUAUU